AAAAAAGCCUUUUGCCGUGACGCGCACGCGCUCACAGAACAGUCGCAGCGAGCGCCCAUUGCAGAGCAUAGAGCACUUCGAUUCGUGCCGCAAGCGACCCAUACCCGCAAGGCUGUCGGCCGCACCGGGCUGCCCCCUGCCUACAUGUAGGGGUAGCAACGAGAUAGAAUAAUCAAACCCUCCCAAGUAAUAGCUUAAGUCUUAGCCUCCAAUCCACUCCACCAUUUGGAGGUUGGUGGAGGAUCGCGUCCAAGCGAGUAGAGAUGGCGGCGGCGGGGAGCAAUGUGGAGUUCAUCCGCGCGCGCAGCGACAAGCGGGAGUACCGCCGCGUGGUGCUCCCCAACGCGCUCGAGUGCCUCCUCAUCAGCGACGCCGACACUGACAAGGCGGCGGCGUGCGUGGAAGUCGAGGUAGGCUCGUUCAGCGACCCGGAGGGGCUCGAGGGACUCGCGCACUUCCUCGAGCAUAUGCUAUUUUAUGCCAGCGAGAAAUACCCUGGAGAACAUGAGUAUACGAAAUAUAUCACAGAGCAUGGUGGCUCCUACAAUGCCUAUACAUGCUCAGAGACAACGAAUUUCUAUUUUGAUAUCAACGUGGACAAUUUUGAAGAAGCCUUAGAUAGAUUUGCACAGUUCUUUAUUAAGCCACUGAUGUCGCAGGAUGCUGUUCUUAGAGAGAUAAAAGCUGUUGAUUCUGAACACAAGAAAAAUUUGUUGUCUGAUUACUGGAGAAUACAACAGCUUGAAAAACAUCUGGCUUCAAAGGAUCACCCUUACCAUAAAUUCAGUACUGGAAGCUGGGAAACACUCGAAACUAAACCAAAAGAGAGGGGCUUGGACAUCAGACUUGAACUUCUGAAGUUUUACGAGAAUUAUUCAGCAAACCUUAUGCACCUUGUUGUUUAUGGAAAGGAGAGCCUCGAUUGCAUUCAGAGCUUGGUUGAGCGUUUGUUUAGUGACAUAAACAAUACUGACCAGAGAAGCUUCAAAUGCCCGAGUCAUCCUCUUUCAGAGGAACAUUUGCAGCUUCUUGUGAAAGCACUGCCAAUAGAAGAAGGUGACUAUCUAAGAAUGAUAUGGCCAGUUACACCUAGCAUCCACUUUCACAAAGAAGGCCCUUGCCGUUAUCUCAGUCAUCUCAUUGGGCAUGAAGGCGAGGGGUCCAUCUUCCAUAUUAUAAAGGAACUAGGAUGGGCCAUGAACUUAAUGGCUGGAGAGGGCACUGACAGUACACAAUAUUCCUUCUUCUCAGUAAGCAUGAGGCUCACUGAUGCUGGUCACGAACACAUGGAGGAUAUUGUUGGGUUGAUCUUCAAAUAUCUACUUCUAUUAAAAGAAGAUGGGGUCCAUAAAUGGAUAUUUAAUGAGCUUGUGGCGGUAAAUGAAACGGAGUUCCACUAUCAAGACAAAGUUCAUCCAAUCAGCUAUGUGAUGGAUACUGUCUCAAGUAUGCGGUUGUUCCCACCAGAAGAAUGGCUGGUUGGAGCAUCAUUGCCUUCAAAGUAUGCACCAAAAAGAAUAAAUAUGAUACUUGAUCAAUUGUCACCCGAAGGAGUAAGAAUAUUCUGGGAGUCAAAAAAAUUUGAAGGAUCUACUAAUUCUGUUGAACCCUGGUAUAGUACGUCAUAUUCUGCUGAAAAUGUCACUCCGUCUAUGAUACAGCAAUGGAUUCAAAAAGCUCCUAUUGAGAAACUCCAUCUCCCAAAGCCUAAUAUCUUCAUUCCAAAGGAUUUCUCUCUUAAAGAAGUGCAUGAAAAGAUUACUUUUCCAAUGGUAUUAAGGAAGACACCGCUUUCGCGGUUGUGGUAUAAGCCCGACAUGCUGUUUUCCACUCCAAAGGUGAACAUUAUAAUUGAUUUCCACUGUCCAUUAUCAAGCCACUCCCCCGAAGCGGUCAUUUCUACUGGUCUCUUUGUUGAUUUGUUAGUAGAUUAUUUGAAUGCUUAUGCUUAUGAUGCUCAAAUUGCUGGUUUAUUCUAUUCAAUAUAUCCUACUUUUGCCGGAUUCCAGGUCUUUGUAGGUGGUUACAAUGAUAAGAUGAGAGUUCUGCUAAAUUCCAUACUGAAGCAAAUUGCUAGCUUUGAAGUUAAGCCAAACAGGUUUUCUGCCCUGAAGGAAACUUCUGUCAAGGACUAUCAAAAUUUUAAUUUCAGCCAACCAUAUUCUCAAGCUUCAUACUAUGUCUCCUUAAUAUUGGAGGACAAAAAAUGGCCUGUAGUUGAGAAAUGUGAAGCGCUUUCUAAGAUCAAAUCAGAUUCUCUUGUGAAGUUUGUACCACACAUGCUAUCGAAGACAUUUUUGGAAUGUUAUGUUCAAGGGAACAUUGAACCAAGUGAGGCAAAAUCUAUUGCCCAGGAGAUCGAAGACACUAUAUUUAAUACUCCAAAUUCUUUGUUCAAAGCCAUGUCUCCAUCCCUAUAUCUGACUAAAAGGGUUCUCAUGCUUGAAAAUGAGUUAAAGUGCUACUACCAAAUUGAGGGCCUGAAUCCAAAAAAUGAGAAUUCAUCAGUUGUCCAAUAUAUUCAGGUACAUCAGGACGAUGCCAUUUCGAAUAUCAAACUUCAGUUGUUCUCUCUAAUUGCUAGCCAGCCUGCCUUCAACCAGCUGCGAACCGUUGAACAACUUGGGUACAUAACAAGUCUUUCUCUAAGAUCCGACUAUGGAAUUUGGGCACUCCAGGUUGUUAUUCAAUCCACAGUAAAGGAUCCUUCGUACCUUGAUGCUAGAAUUGACGAAUUCUUCAAGAUGUUUGAAAGCAAAAUCCAUGAACUGUCCGACAAGGACUUUAAGAGAAAUGUGAAAUCGCUGAUUGAUUCCAAACUGGAGAAAUUCAAAAACUUGUGGGAGGAAUCGCAUUUUUACUGGGGAGAGAUUGAUGCAGGAACUCUCAAGUUUGAUAGGGUCGAGUCCGAGGUUGCUCUCCUAAGAGAGCUCAAGAAAGAAGAAUUCAUUGAAUUCUUCGAUCGGUACAUAAAAGUGGACGCGCCUCAAAGGAGGACAAUAAGCGUGCAAGUCUUCGGCUGCAACCAUUCGGCAGAGUUCAAGAAGGCGAUCGCCGAAGCUGAUCCACCCAAAACGUACAGGAUCACGGACAUAUUCGGCUUCAAACGAUCUAGGCCGUUGUACAGCUCACUGAAGGGCGGUCUGGGCCGGAUCACAAUGGACUGACAGCGAUCAGGCUGCUAUUCUAAUUGGCUCUCAGAAUUCCAAGUGUCAGAUUCGAUUGCACGAUUGAUGCCAUUCUUCACUCAUUAUUAAUCAUUGCACGACAUUAUGCUACUUUCUGGACAAAUCUAAGAGCUGUAUAUAGUCAUGUGCACAUGUUCGUUUGUGUUUCUUCUGGCAA